AUGUGUGCCGAAUUGAUGCAGAGUCAGAUCAAGUAUGCCGUAUUGAUGCAGGGUCAGAUAAAGUGUGCCGUAUUGAUGCAGGGUCAGAUCAUGUGUACCGUAUUGAUGCAGGGUCAGAUCAAGUGUACUGUAUUGGUGCAGGGUCAGAUCAAGUGUACCGUAUUAAUGCAGGGUCAGAUCAAGUGUACCGUAUUAAUGCAGGGUCAGAUCAAGUAUGGUGUAUUGAUGCAGGGUCAGAUCAAGUGUACCGUAUUGAUGCAGGGUCAGAUCAAGUAUGGUGUAUUGAUGCAGGGUCAGAUCAAGUGUACCAUAUUGAUGCAGGGUCAGAUCAAGUGUACCGUAUUGAUGCAGGGUCAGAUCAAGUAUGGUGUAUUGAUGCAGGGUCAGAUCAAGUGUGCUGUAUUGGUGCAGGGUCAGAUCAAGUGUACCGUAUUGAUGCAGGGUCAGAUCAAGUAUGGUGUAUUGAUGCAGGGUCAGAUCAAGUGUACCAUAUUGAUGCAGGGUCAGAUCAAGUGUACCGUAUUGAUGCAGGGCCAGAUCAUAUGUACUGUAUUGGUGCAGGGUCAGAUCAUGUGUGCUGUAUUGGUGCAGGGUCAGAUCAAGUGUACCGUAUUGAUGCAGGGCCAGAUCAUGUGUACUGUAUUGAUGCAGUGUCAGAUCAGUUAUGCUGUAUUGAUGCAGAGUCAGAUCAAGUGUACCGUAUUGAUGCAGGGUCAGAUCAAGUAUGCCGUAUUAUUGCAGGGUCAGAUCAUGUGUGCCGUAUUAAUGCAGGGACAAAUAAUGUGUACCGUAUUGCUGCAGGGUCAGAUCAAGUAUGUCGUAUUGAUGCAGGGUCAGAUCAUGUAUGCUGUAUUGAUGAAUGGUCAGAUCAAGUGUACCGUAUUGAUGAAUGGUCAGAUCAAGUGUACCGUAUUGAUGCGGGGUCAGAUCAAGUGUAUCAUAGUGGUGCAGGGUCAGAUCAAGUGUACCAUAUUGAUGCAGGGUCAGAUCAAGUGUACUGUAUUGGUGCAGGGUCAGAUCAAGUGUACCGUAUUAAUGCAGGGUCAGAUCAAGUGUACCGUAUUAAUGCAGGGUCAGAUCAAGUAUGGUGUAUUGAUGCAGGGUCAGAUCAAGUGUACCGUAUUGAUGCAGGGUCAGAUCAAGUAUGGUGUAUUGAUGCAGGGUCAGAUCAAGUGUACCAUAUUGAUGCAGGGUCAGAUCAAGUGUACCGUAUUGAUGCAGGGCCAGAUCAUGUGUACUGUAUUGAUGCAGGGUCAGAUCAUGUGUGCUGUAUUGGUGCAGGGUCAGAUCAAGUGUACCGUAUUGAUGCAGGGCCAGAUCAUGUGUACUGUAUUGAUGCAGGGUCAGAUCAGUUAUGCUGUAUUGAUGCAGGGUCAGAUCAAGUGUGCUGUAUUGGUGCAGGGUCAGAUCAAGUGUACCGUAUUGAUGCAGGGCCAGAUCAUGUGUACUGUAUUGAUGCAGGGUCAGAUCAGUUAUGCUUUAUUGAUGCAGGGUCAGAUCAAGUAUGCUGUAUUGAUGCAGGGUCAGAUCAAGUGUGCUGUAUUGGUGCAGGGUCAGAUCAAGUGUACCGUACUGAUGCAGGGUCAGAUCAAGUGUACUGUAUUGAUGCAGAGUCAUAUCACGUGUACCGUAUUGAUGCAUGAUCACAUCAAGUGUAUUGUAUCGGAUGAUAUUGUGAGUAGCAUGCAUGUAUUAGGGAAACGUAACUUUGAGAUUAUCGCAAAACAUCGCUGCUCUGUUAAGAGAAACUAG